AUGGAUCUUGUCUAUGAUGGUAUCUACAGGAUGUAUUUAUUGGGUGAAUUUGAACUCCCAAGAAGUAAUUUAAGUCUAAGUCUUGUUGAAUAUUGCAUUUGUGAAAUGAAGAAUUUAAAGGGUUCCCCUUUCUCACCAUUGCAAACUGGUGACCAAACUCCAACUAUGUGGAUAUCAAUGACAAGAAAGACAUUGGCAACACCUAAAAAAGUUGAAGUUUGA